GAAAUAAUCAAUUCCACAAUCCACCGCCGCUCUUUACUCUCUUGAUUGAUUUGGUUGUGUUUCCAUGGCGUACAGCGAUGUUGGCUAAUAUGUAGAUAGCGGUGUCACCACCGUGUAUCGAUAAGAGAAACAAAGCACCAUGGCACUGAAGACCACAUCGAUAACACUGUGCUCCGUUCCCGCUCUCUUCUUCGCAUUCACUCUCCUCUGCGCUCUCUCUCUUUCUCUCUUCUCUCUACAAUCCCCACCUCCUCCUUCUCCUUAUUCCUCAUCCAUCUUUUCCCAACAUAAUUCCAUCAAAGUCUACGUGGCAGACCUCCCCAGAUCCCUCAACUACGGCCUCCUCCACAAGUACUGGGCUUCCGGGCCCGAUUCCCGCCUCGCCAGCGACGCCGACCACGAUUUCCAGAAGACCCAUCUGCCCAGAAACCUUGAAUUUCCGCCCUAUCCUGAGAAUCCAUUGAUUAAGCAAUACAGCGCCGAGUACUGGAUCUUGGGGGACCUGAUGACCCCUCCGCAUCAGAGAACUGGGUCGUUUGCCAGACGGGUCUUCGAUGCCGCCCAAGCUGACGUCGUGUUCGUACCCUUUUUCGCUACUUUGAGCGCCGAGAUGCAGCUGGCUAAUGCUAAAGGAGCGUUUAAGAAGAAGGUUGGGAAUGAAGACUAUGAGAGGCAGAGGCAAGUGGUCGACUUGGUGAAGAACACUGAGGCUUGGAAGAGGUCAGGUGGAAGAGACCAUGUCUUUGUGCUCACUGACCCAGUCGCAAUGUGGCAUGUCAGAGCAGAGCUAGCCCCGGCAGUCCUCCUAGUUGUAGAUUUUGGUGGGUGGUACAGGCUUGAAUCCAAGUUGUCAAAUGACAAUUCAUCAGACGUGAUUCAGCAGACACAAGUUUCAAUACUCAAAGAUGUAAUUGUGCCAUACACCCAUCUACUUCCUAGAUUGCAAUUAUCAGAAAACAAGAAGCGUCAGACUCUACUUUAUUUCAAAGGAGCUAAACAUAGGCACCGGGGAGGCUUAAUUCGAGAAAAAUUGUGGGAUUUGUUGGUUAAUGUGCCCAAUGUUGUAAUGGAGGAAGGCUUCCCUAAUGCCACUGGGAGGGAGCAAUCGAUAAAAGGGAUGAGAACAUCAGAGUUUUGCUUGCACCCAGCUGGGGACACUCCCACGUCAUGCCGGCUUUUUGAUGCCAUUCAAAGUCUUUGUAUACCUGUGAUUGUCAGCGACAACAUAGAGCUUCCUUUUGAAGGAAUGAUUGAUUAUUCAGAAUUUUCAGUUUUUGUUGCAGUUAGUGAUGCAUUGAGACCAAACUGGCUUAUGGGUCAUCUUAAGAGCUUUUCAAAAGCGGAGAGGGAUAGAUUUCGUCAGAAAAUGGCUCAGCUACAGCCUGUGUUUCAGUAUGACAAUGGCCAUCCUGGAGCCAUUGGGCCAGUUUCUCCUGAUGGCGCAGUGAACCACAUCUGGAGAAAGGUUUACCAAAAGCUGCCAAUGAUUAAGGAAGCAAUCCUUCGUGAAAGGAGAAAACCUACUGGUGUAUCAGUUCCACGCCGUUGUCAUUGUACAUGACUUAUACGCCUAUACUAAUUCAUUACUGUAUUUCUUGUCUUGCAAUAGUUAUGGUCACUUUUUCUUUUUUUUUGCGAAAAUGAUAUCUGAUUACAUGAUAAUUCACAUUAGUCAUUCUGCUUUGUAAACUAUUCUCUCUCUCUCUGAUGCUGCUGUC